AUGAAAGAAGUUCGAAAUCAUCUUAACUAUGUCCAUAAGCUAUACACAUUCCUCACAAAACCACUCGUCUAUGUUUCUCUCCUUUUCUUAUUCGCCUACGCCGGUUAUAUCUUUCCCUCGUCCAAAACCGAUGUCGUGAAAGAUGAUCACUUUCGUUUUGAUACGACCGUUUGCGCCAAACCCGAACGUGCCCAUGUCGUGCGCAACAAUCUCAUCGAUGAAUUCUUCAAUGGUGCAUCACCAUACUUAAACUUCCCUCCAAAACAUUUGGCCAAUCUUUUAACUCCGGCAAAAAUCAAUGGUUGGGAUUCAAACAAUGUGGUUUUUGGUAACCUAAUGAGGAAGUAUCGACCUAAGAUCAUCAUCGAGAUUGGUACAUUCUUAGGCAUGUCUACAAUACACAUGACAGAAUUAUCUAAAGAAUUGGGAUUAGAUUCGCAAAUAAUUUGCAUUGAUAACUUUAGAGCAUGGCCUGGAUUGGAUAUGCCAAUGAUAAACGGGGAUGUAUUGUUGAUGUAUCAAUUUAUUCAAAAUUUAGUUCAUAAGAAUGUGACAGAUUCGGUGGUUUAUCUUCCUUACUCGGCGACAAUAGCUUUGGAUAAAAUGUGUGCGAUGGGAAUAUAUGGAGAUAUGAUUGAGGUUGAUGCGGCUCAUGAUUUUCAUUCAGCUUGGAGUGAUAUUAAUCGGGCUUAUAAGGUUUUGGCACGCAACGGUGUAAUUUUUGGGCAUGAUUAUUUCAAUGGGGAAGAUCAUUUUGGUGUAAGAAGGGCUGUUGAUUUGUUUGCUCGAGUUAAGGGUCUUCGUGUUGGAACUGACGGUAAGCAUUGGGUCAUCCAUCCUAGCUAA